UAUAUAUCUUCGAUAGUUGCAAGAAGGACCAGGAAUUUAAAAAAACUCAUAUUUUUGAACGAUUAAGUAACACUACACCAAUCUUAAGAAUGUCUCGUUUUAAGUUAUUGUGUCUUGUUUUAUUCACGGGUUGGCAGUACGCAGCGGGCAGUCGCGUGACCGCCACCGAGUACGAGUACGUGCGCGAGGCGGACGCGUGGCUGCGCCUGCACAUCGUGCCCGCUGCCUGGUCUGACGCCGCCGUGCACUGCCAACUUGAAGAUGGUGUGUUGGCAUCUCCCACAUCUGAAGCCAUUGCGCAGGCGAUGCUAAAAGCGAUGGAAAAGUACAAACUGGCUUCAAAAAGCGUAUCGAUUGGAGCAACGAGCCUUUUCUCCAAGGGAGACUUUAAAUCGUUAGACGGAGAAGAUCUCGCUGAUAGCUUGGAGUGGGCCUCAGGUGAACCGGACAACGCCUUCAACGCUGAGAAUUGCCUGGCGCUAGCCGGCGCGGGCAAGCUGGCCGACAUCAGCUGCGCUAGAGCGCUGCCUUACUUCUGCCUCAAGAACGUCCACAACUGCUCCUCCGAUAAUGAAGUCACAAGUCCCACACCUGGGCAGCCGGCAUGCGGCAAAGAUAGGUACGACUACAAAUGGGAGCCCCGUACUGGCAGCUGCUACAAAUUCCACGGAGCCUCGAAACCCUGGCGCCUCGCCCUGGCCACAUGCCAAGCCGAGGGUGGAUAUCUGGCCAUCAUCAACAGCGGCACUGAGUCUACUAUUCUCAAGAACCUUUACAAUUCCAAUACAGACGCAGUCACUGGUGCAGAUCAACCUAAACAUGCAUUAAUUGGCUUCAGGAAAUAUGAAGAUGGCGAGUGGGCGACGAUAUUUGGUGAGACGCUCGCGAACGCGGGAUUCGCGAACUGGGACGUAGGCGAACCAAGCAAUGGUAGUGGAGUAGUGAACGAGUACUGCGGUUCCAUGCACAUAAACGGGUUGCUCAACGACGCUUCCUGCUCCUGGAAGUCACCAUUUAUUUGCGAAAUUACCCCAUCCAAUUUUUGAUACUUUCUUGUUUAUAAUGUCCUAUUAAUAUCUUCUUUGGCCGUUUUUUGACACAUUGCAGGGUAUUAUGCUAAUUUUACGGUUUAAACACGUUUGUUUUUAUAGUCGCGCGACAUGUUUCGGAAAGCCUAGCUGCGCGGCGAACGACAGUACGCGACGCGCGACUAUCGCGUGACUACUACUCAUGCGCUGUUAGCGUUUGAAAUAGAGACAACCCCCUUAUUCAUAAAACUUUACGGGUCUGAUUUAGUUAAAUUAUGUUUUAUCCCUUUCUUCGAACACAUCCGUGGCAGCCUCGGAAUCCGUGACGUACCGGAUAAGCUGCAGGAAAGUCGCCUCCGAUGGUAUGGCCAUAUAAGCCGCAGACCAGUAGACUACGUCGGAAAUAGAUGCCUCAACCUCACUGUCCAAGACCCUAGAUCACGCGCCCGCGGUAGGCAUAAGAAGCGCUGGCUGGACGUCGUGACAGCAGACAUGAGAGCGAACAAUCUCACACCUGAAGAUGCCGAAGACCGGGCAAAGUGGAGAAGAUUAAGUAGGAAAGCAGACCCUGGCUCUAGGCCGGGAAAAUGCUAGGUUGAAGAAGAAGAAUGAUGUUUUAUCCCUUUCUUACAAAUACAUAAGUCAAAAUGACAGAUAAAGACAAACGAUUCAUAACUAAUUAAGGCCAGCAACGCGUUUAUGAAUAACGCCAUUAGGCUUUUUGAAGCAUUUCGCACGAGCAACAAAAAAUACGUUAAUUAAAUUGAAAAA